AGGCGUUGGUUUCUGUUUCUGUCUAUCUUACGCACUAUCUCCGCCCUCAAGAGAGAGACUUCUCCGUUUACAGAGCACCUUUUUUCACGCACAUCAAAAUUAGGUGUGACGGACUGCAGGAGCGCAAAGGACACACACGGCGUUAAUAUAGCACCGGAUUCCCCUUAAUCGAGUUGGAGGACAGGGAGCAGAGGAGGAAGAGAGGGAGGAGAAGAAGCAGAGGAGAGCUGCUGAGCUGCACAACAGAGCCACUGCUGAUAGGCACGCUUUGGCUUCAAUGAUGGACUGAGCUGAAGGUGACGUGACACCCUGUGACAGCCAGCUUCACGUGUUCCUCAAGAGCCUCCACACUUGACAACGGCAUGGAUGGACACACUGCUGCAUAGCAAGUAAACCUGGAACCUCAGCCCCUUCCCAAGUGCCCUGGAAACCCACUGGAUUCUGUCUGCAACCACAGAUGUAACUAAGCUGUCAAGAUUUCUUCACCAGGAAGUCCUGUGAUUUUGGACCAAUCUCGCAGGGCAAGUUUUGCCUCUGUAAGACAGUCAAGCAUGGAGACCCCUCCCAAUACCACCCCACAGCCCUUUAGACAGCCGAGUUUUCUCAAUCGAAGGCUAAAGGGCUCCAUCAAGAGGGCCAAAAGUCAGCCCAAACUUGAUCGGACCAGCAGCUUCAGACAAAUGAUUUUGCCCAGGUUUCGAAGUGCUGACCAAGAGAGGACACGCUUGAUGCAGAGCUUCAAAGAAUCCCACUCCCAUGAAUCCCUACUUUCUCCUAGCAGCGCUGCAGAAGCUUUGGACCUAGUUUUGGAUGAAGAUGCCAUAAUCAAACCUGUCCACUCUAGCAUUUUAGGACAAGAGUACUGCUUUGAGGUGACCACCAAUUCAGGGACAAAAUGUUUUGCCUGCCGUUCAGCUUCUGAGAGAGACAAGUGGAUUGAAAAUCUGCAACGCGCUGUCAAACCUAACAAAGACAACAGCAGACGAGUGGACAAUGUGCUCAAGUUGUGGAUCAUUGAAGCUCGAGACCUUCCGGCUAAGAAACGUUAUUAUUGUGAGCUGUGUCUGGAUGACAUGCUGUACGCUCGCACCACAAGCAAACCCCGGACCGACACAGUCUUCUGGGGCGAGCAUUUUGAAUUUAACAAUUUGCCUACCAUUCGUAGCCUUCGUUUGCACCUCUACAAGGAAACUGAUAAAAAAAGACGCAAGGAGAAAAGCACAUACCUUGGCCUUGUCAGCAUCCCCAUCUCCAGCAUCACUGGGCGGCAGUUUGUCGAGCAGUGGUACCCGGUGGUACAGUCCAGUGUCUUGGCCAAAAGCGGUGGUGUUGGAAGUACUAAAGUGAUCAACGCCUCCCUACGUGUUAAGUCUCGCUACCAGACAAUGAACAUCCUUCCAAUGGAGCUGUACAAGGAGUUUGCGGAGUACAUUACCAACAACUACCGAACACUGUGUGCAGUUCUGGAGCCUCUGUUGAGUGUGAAAAGCAAAGAGGAGGUGGCGUUUGCUCUGGUGCACAUCCUGCAAAGCACAGGAAAGACAAAGGAGUUCCUGUCUGACAUGGCGAUGUGUGAGGUGGAUCGGUUCAUGGACCGUGAGCACUUGAUCUUUCGUGAGAACACGCUAGCUACAAAAGCUGUGGAAGAGUACCUCAAACUGAUAGGUCACCGAUACCUCAAGGAUGCUAUAGGUGACUUCAUUCGAGCCUUAUACGAGUCUGAGGAGAACUGUGAGGUGGAUCCCAUGCGUGUCCCGCCGUCAGUCCUCGCUGACCAUCAAGCCAACCUACGAAUGUGUUGUGAGCUGUUACUCUGCAAGAUCAUCAACUCUCUCUGCAUAUUUCCCCGGGAGCUGAAGGAAGUUUUUGCCUCGUGGAGAGCCAGAUGUGCUGAGCGUGGAAGAGAGGAUCUCGCCGACAGCCUCAUCAGCUCCUCCCUAUUUCUUCGCUUCAUGUGCCCAGCCAUCAUGUCCCCCUCCCUGUUCAACCUAAUGCAGGAGUACCCCGCUGAGCGCACAUCCCGCACACUCACGCUCAUAGCCAAGGUGAUGCAGAACCUGGCCAGCUUCAGCAAAUUUGGACCCAAGGAGGAAUACAUGUAUUUCAUGAACGAGUUCCUGGAGAUGGAGUGGGGCUCCAUGCAGCAGUUUCUCUAUGAGAUUUCCAACAUGGACGCCGGAGGAAACGCUGGAGGGUUUGAGGGCUAUAUUGACCUUGGUAGAGAAUUGUCCAUGCUCCACAGCUUGCUGUGGGAAGUCAUGGGCCAGCUUAGCAAGGAUGCUAUUCUCAAACUCGGACCCCUACCACGGCUGCUGAAUGACAUCAGCGUCGCCCUGAGGAACCCACAGCUCCACAUGCCUACAAAUCACCAGCCGGACCGACCGAAGGACAGACUCUUUUCGCGACCAUCUUUCAAUCGUCUCAUGUCCUCUGACUUCCAAAGCCUUAUGAUGCGUGACUUAAACAGUUCAAUAGACAUCUCUCGCCUCCCAUCGCCUACGACUGGAGUCUCGGCUGUAGAAUCCCUCUCAUCGAAUCUGAACAUGAGGCGUCACGCAGAACGAGACCUCCGCUCAUCGAGGGAAGUGUUCUAUGUGACCCGUCCACCGCUGGCUCGAUCCAGUCCUGCAUACUGCACGAGCAGCUCGGACAUCACUGAACCCGAUCCAAAGGUCCAUAGUGUGAACAAAAGUGUGUCCAUGAUGGAUCUUCAGGACUCCCGAAUGAACAGCAUUUCCAACCUGAACUCUGUGGGAGACAUGCUCACCUCCUCUCAAGCCUCCAUCGCCGGCCUGGGCCACAGCUUCGGUAACCUCUGUGGUCCUCUUCGUAUGGGAGGGCAUAUGCCAGCAGGCUCCGCUGGCUCUGGUUUGAGGCUGAGCCAGAUGGGCCACAUAGGGGGGCCCACCGAAUCCAUCUCUCAACAGCAGCAGCAGGCAGCAGCGGCCAUGCACUUCCCCCUGUCUUUCCAGAACCCGCUAUUCCAUCUGGCCGCCCAGAACUCCCCAGCUCAGUCUCAAUCUCAGCCUCAUCCCCCUCCUCUGCUCCUCGCCCCCGAGCCUGAGAAUGGCCACCACGACUAUGCACCGCCCUUUGGCAACAGUGCUUUCUCCCGCAGCGAGGACUUGUCCGCCCUGCGGUCACAAAGCAGUCUGGUGCAGCCCAGCAUUGUCCACUCACACAGUUACAGUGAUGAUUUCACCCGGCAGAAUCAGAGCAAUGACUACGCUUGGCACCAGCUGUCACUGCAGUCUCUCCAGCAGCAGCACCUGAUGGGAGUCGUAUCUCAGACAGCCACUGGGACGGGCACCCCUGCCUCCUUGGCCACACCACCUACUACAGUGCACCCAAACCGACAGUCAUCCAUGGCUCCUCCACAACAUCUCAAGUCACAGCGAUCCAUUAACACUCCAGCCACCGCCACGCCACCAAAGGUUCGCCCACAGAGCAGGAAUCUCCUCCUCGACUCUUCUGACACAAACUUCAGCGGCAGGCAGCAACAACAGGAAUCCCAGCUGUCUGUGACAGAUAGUCCAGCUCCCGGACUCCCGUACCAGACGAGCUCUGCUAAAGAGAACCCGGGCCCGCAGGCAGCUGCAGAGGAGUCAACAGACACACCUACAAAAAGCACCAAGAAGUCUCAACAGACACAACUGCAGCCGCCACAGCAGCAUCUGCUCAAGCCAGGCAAUAAACAGGGUUCUCCAUCAACCCUGAGCACCCCGGCCCUCAAUGAACGGACAGUCGCCUGGGUGUCCAACAUGCCACAUCUCUCUGCUGACAUAGAAAGCUUGCGGCCGGACCGUGAGGGUCAGCUGAAAGAGUACUCCAAGAGCAUGGAUGAGUCACGAUUAGAGAGGGUAAAAGAGUAUGAAGAAGAGAUAUAUUCCUUGAAGGAGCGGCUGAAGAUGUCUCAUCGCAAGCUUGAAGAAUAUGAGCAGAGACUUGCGUCGCAGGAACAGCAGACAAGCAAGAUCCUAAUGCAGUAUCAGAACCGCCUGGAAGACAGUGAGCGCCGUCUAAAACAGCAGCAAGUUGAAAAGGACUCACAAAUUAAAGGCAUCAUCAACAGACUCAUGGCUGUGGAAGAUGAGCUGAGAGGGGGUGCCAUACCUGAUAUUAAGCCUCGAAUCCUCACAGACCAGUCUUUCAACCAGGGCUAUGGCCACCCCGGAUCCUGACUGUCAAUUCCAAAGUGACCAGAGUUCAUGAUGGUCACUCGCGUGUAAGAAGACAGAUUCAGAUCCUACAAAACCCAUGAAGAGAAGCUCUGCAGUGGAUCCAGCAGGACCACUGGAGGCUUCAUCUCACAACUUUCUUAAAAAAACUUUGCACAUAUUCAAACUUUGCCUGUACCAGAACUUGACAAUCAGUUUAGCGUGAGGACCAAUGUGUGCAGUGAAUUGUCUGCACAUUUUGACAAAAUGUUAGCCAAUGCCACAACAAUGGCAAUACUGAACCUAAUGAGUUUCUUUAUUUAAAUCGGAAGAAGUGAGAAGAGAUGUGUUAAACACUGGCGAUGAUGAUGGAUUCAUGAUUUCCCCCGCGACAAGCAGCACAAUCACUUCUCACUUAAGCGGCUGCAGACAACAUGUAGAAAAGGCUUUUACAAGCACAAUAUCCCCUCAUGGUGACGCCUGUGACAAGCAACAAGCGUGUUGUUAAUCAGUUGCCAUCUAUGAUCCUUGGAUGCAGAGCCCAUGCAAAGACCCAUAUUGCUACUUGAUUCUGAAUAAAUCAUUUAGUAACAUAUUCUCUUUGCAAAAGUAUUUUUACUUACAAAAGUUGCUUAUCAUUAUGAUUUUUGCAUCCUUUCUAGUACAGCCAUCCCAUUUGAAUAGAUGCCAAACAAAUAUAACAAUCAACUAACUGCUUCACAAACAAUCUAAACCUUCUCAUCAGUUGAUUUUCCUUUGGCACUCAGUGCAAAGCCAGAACAAUGGUCUCUUGACCUUCAGUGUAUAGAAGAAGUAUUUCUUAAAACUACUAAACCUUUUUAAAAAUUUAAAUACUUGACAUAAGUAAUCUGACAUCACGAUGUGUUUUGUUCACUCUGUAAUAAUAAUAUUAAUCAUAAUAAAGAAUAUAUGACACUUCAAAGCGGUGAUACAAAGUGCUUUUUAAAAGACCUGACAUGAAAGAAAAAUCUCAUGUAAGAAAUUAUUGAAUUUAAAAGGUCAACCCAACCGAUUUUACUCAGUACUACGGUACUCAACCUAUGAAAACAGUUUUAUUUCUCAGCUUGGGCUUGGAGUCUCCAAAUUUAUAACACAAAGUCUGCGUUACAAACUGGGGGUGUGGAGUUUGACAGACAUGGGCAUUAACCAAGGAGGGAUGAAAAUAUGCUAUUAGUUGCAUUAUGGGAAAUGUAGGGUCGAUCAUAAGGCUCUAUUUACACUUGGUAUAAGCAUGUGAUCUCUAGCUGGAUACAUUAUCUGGAUAAUGGCAUCCAAUCCAUGGGUCUUUGCAUUUACACCUGGUUUGCUAAGCCAUGCCAUGAACGGGUGUUACUAAUUUACUUUUUGCAUGGGAAGACUCACUAGCUACUGCUACUACUUGUUUGGAUUUUUUCUUAAUAACAUGGUCACACUAUAUGGAUAUCAUUGACACCUGGUUAGGAUCCGAUCAUUUUGCAAGCCUGACCCGCGACAGAUGUGGUCUGGACAAUCUGAUCACUUUCUGAUAAUGUGCAUUUACAUCUUGUGUUUUUCCAUACCCUGAAAAGACAUCCAGAUACAGAUCGCAUGUUAAUUCCAGGUGUAAAUGGUAUCUAAGAGUCUGGAUAUCUCGGCGUAUCUCAGAUGAUUUCGAUCAUUUUUAUAAUCUGUUUCUUACAGUACAAGACCUCUAAUGCCAUUUUUCACUGCAUGGUACGGCUCCACUCACUCUUUUUUGGUUAUCCAUUUGCAAAGGUUGCGGAUAGUAUCUUUUUUGGUACUGCAGGCCACUGAUUGGUCAGAGAGAACUGUCACUAUCGUGACACAGGACAUCAUGCACAAAUCCCUGAUUUUUAUAUAGCCAAGCUACUGUUAAUAGCAACUGCAAUUUUUUUUAUUCACUCAACCCAGAUUUAAAAAAAAAUGGCAGUCCAUAAAAUCAUGUAAUAAACUACAGUGUAUGAUUGACUGAAUUGGUUGCCAAUGAAAGGACUCAGUGAGUGGUGAUCAGUAGAGAAACCCACCUACACUGAGGGGUAUCUAAGUAUAGUACAGGUACCAAAAAAAGUAGAGUAUGGCAGAGCUCCCUCCCCCCUUUAUAUACAUUUUUUUUCUAUUUAACAUUAUCUUUA